AUGGCGGAGCAGCCCGCUCCCGCCCACCACGGCGGCGCGCACUGGAUCGCCACCUCGUCCGGCGGCGCCUGUGCGUUCGCUGGCGCCUCCCACCGCAUGCCGUCGCCGCACUCGUGGCUCUCGGCCGUGGACUGGUGCCUCGCCCUGGCCGCGCGGACGCCAGGCUGCAAGUACGUGAGCGUCUCAAGGGUGACAGGGCGCGGUGUCAGGGUGGACUGGGAUCCGCUCCCGCCGCCACCCGGAGGCGGCAAGAUCCCGGCCCGGGUCGCGCUGCAGGUCUCCGGUCACCUGCGUACGAGCUGUGCGUUUGGCGCUGUCGAGCGCCACCUCAGCGCCUGCCGGCGCCGCUUCCGCACGUGCUCAGUGUUUGUGCACACCUGGAGUUCGCUCGAGCCCGCGACGCUGCACUGGUCGGGUGCGAGACGCGGUGCGGACCGGAGCUCCGCCGCGUGCGUCACGCGGCUGCGGGCCGCGCUCGAGCCGGCCGCCCUUCUCAUCGAGGAGCAGAAUGGCACGGCGGGGAAGGAGUUGUUCGGGCGCAAGCUUUCGGCGGACGACCUCGAGCUCAUCUGGGAUUGCGUUGCCCUACUCGCACACGCGCCCACCCGCUCCUCCGCCCUCGGCGAUGGCGCCGCAGUGCGCGAGUGGGCGGCGAGGGCGGCGAGCAGCGUGAGCCCCUGCCACCCGUACGGCACGAUGCACAAGAUGGCAAAUGACAACUGCUUCCUCAGCGCGCCCUCCGCCCUCGACGACCUGCUGCGCGUGCUCGACGCCAACGCCACCGCCGUCUACGUCGCCGCCAAGGCGCAGCGCGUCCACCUCGGCUACCCCGAGCUGCAGGUCCCGGUGGCGGCGCGGCUCGCGCGGCGGGGCGUGUGGAACGCCUGCAGCCGCGAUCGCCUCCGCUACCUCCGCUACACCGGCACGGAGCCGCCCGCCGCCCUCGAUUUUGCGCCGACGGGCGGCGGCACGCGAGUUGCUCUCGAGGAGCAGACUGAGACUGCCUCACGCCUCACCGGGCGGGCGAGGUGA